AUGGGCUUGUUUUCAAAUACAAAGCCCCCGCUCACUGAGAAGAAUCUCACAGACCAGUCGGGGAAGGUCUUCAUAGUCACUGGCGCCACAGGUGGUCUUGGGAAAGAUCUCGCGCAGAUACUUUAUGCUCAAAAUGCAAAGAUUUACAUGGCAGCUCGCUCGGAAAUCAAAGCACGCAAGGUUAUAGAAGAGAUUGAAGCCAAGUGCCAAAAAUCGAAAGGAACUUUGGUCUACCUCCACCUGGAUCUCAAUGAUUUGACAACUAUCAAGACCUCAGCCGAGACCUUUCUCGCGCAAGAAGAGUCCUUACAUGUCCUCUGGAAUAACGCUGGUGUCAUGCGACCUCCUCAGGGCAGUGUCACCAAGCAAGGCUACGAGCUUCAGAUUGGCACCAACAACGUUGCUCCAUUCCUCUUCACUAAGCUCCUCACGCCGCUUUUGAAAUCGACUGCCAGGGUCUCACCUCCUGGUAGUGUUCGCGUAGUUUGGGUAUCUUCAUCCGCGGCAAAGAAUUUCUCUCCAGAAGGCGGUUUAGAUGUCACCAAUCUCGAUUAUCAUAUUGACAAAGGUGUCUGGCCAAAGUAUGGUAUCAGCAAAGCCGGUAAUAUCUAUCAUGGAAAGGAGUAUGCUAGACGCCAUGGACAGGAUGGAAUCUUGAGUCUGUCUGUGGAUCCCGGAUUUCUGAAGACAGACCUGUAUCAGAAUCUUCCCCGAUGGCAGGCGCCAAUCAUGAACCUGAUGCUUCAUGAUCCUAUCUAUGGGGCAUAUACAGAGCUUUUCGCAGGUCUGUCGACAGACAUUAAUAUGUCAAAUAAUGGCGAUUUCAUUGAACCUUGGGGGAAAAUUACACCAGCAAGAAAGGACAUUGAACUAGGAGGCAAGCCAAAGGAAGAAGGAGGGACUGGAAUCGCCAAAGACUUUUGGGACUGGACAGAGAAGCAGAUUGCGACUUAUGCAUAG